AUGAACACAUCUACAGACGUUAGAGCCCAACAUACGGCAUCAACAUAUACCAUUCUAUGGGUUUUCGAGGCCGUCGCAACAAUAACGUUUAUUCUGCGCAUCUUGUCCCAAUCUUUCCUCGCCCAUGAAGGGCUUGGAUUAGAAGAUGCACUCAUGGCUUUUGGAUGGACACUUAACCUCAGCGCUGCAAUUCUCGCAACCUUGUCAGUCAAAGCUAUGAAUGUCGAUAUAUCCCUUGCCCUCAAGCUUGGACUCGUUUCUAGCGCCCUUGCUGCCCCUGCCUUAUGGUUCCCCAAGGUCUCUGUCGCCCUGUUGCUUGUUCGCCUGAUGCAACCCGGUAAAUGGGUGAAGAUUUUCUUCAUUGUUGGGCCCGUUCUUUCGUUAUUGUUGCUUUGUGUCCCUGCGGUGACCAUUACGUUUGUCCAAUGCGACCCCAUACCAGGUCAAUGGGACCCUGAACGCUACAAGCCGACUUGUUGGAGACCUAAUAUCGCGGUUGACGUUGACAUUAUCGCUAAUACAUCAUCGUCCAUGUUCGACUUCAUCUACGCAAUCUACCCAGCCAUCGUAUUUUGGAAAAUGCGACUUGCCACCGCGCGCAAAUUGCAAAUCUCAAUUUUGAUGGGACUAGGCAUUAUCUCCGGGGCAGUAGGGGUGUACAAAACGAGCCUGCUGCCCAUUCUGAGUACGCGCGAAGCUAGCCUCGAGGCUGCGGUAGCUGGCACGCACAGAAUCGCAAUGUGGACGAAUAUUGAAGUCGGUAUUAUUAUUAGCGCGGCUUGUAUACCGCUCUCGAGGCCUGUUUAUCGUCUUAUUAUGAGGAAUAGUCAACAUCAACAAGAAGGUAUUGGGAAUUAUCGCGAGCUUCCUGAGAGAAUGUCUGAGAGAUGGUUGCAUUUGCAUCCUACGCAUGCGCAGAUCUAUGUUCGAGACGAUAUUGAGAUUCAGAUCGAUCAGCGUGCGGAUUUGGAUGGUAUGACGCUGUCAUAUACACCCAAGGAGCCGCCAGCAUGA